UAGAGAAACGCAACUGUGCAUAAAUUGUGCCAAACAAAUUAAAGUUUAAACAGCAAUUAGUACCAUUAGACUAUUGAUAUAAGAACAUUUAUAGAACGCUUAUUGAACCAUAGUAUUCCAAACAGUUACAAGCUUUCCCAGAGAGAACAGGGAAUACGGGAAACAUAUAAGAAAAGAUAGUUAAACAUUUUACCUCGCGUUAGCAAAAUUCCAAAUGAAAACACUACUUCUAAGUUCGGACGAUAUUCAAAACUUUAGGAAACUUAUAUACGAUCCAAAAGUGGCGAAUUUGGGCACCUCCAGCACGGAGGACGCCAGUUUGAUGGCGUUACAGUACUAUCUCAAGCAUCCCGGUAAUUACACAAGCUCAGCUCCAUCAUCAGCGGCAAUUCCAACAUCACAGGUUCAAGUACAGCGAUCAUCUACUCAGCAUCAACAGCCUACUUAUCCGACGGCGGUCACGACAAGCCACAGUGUCGUCACUCCUCAACAAGCAGGAGUUGUUGUUGUCAGCAGUAGCAACAACAGCAACGGUGUUAAUGCCCAAGCACACGCGCACGCCCACCACCAUUUAUUAUCUCAGUCACAGACACAACUAAAGCAGUUGCAGUUGAAACAGCCAACAAUACAUCAGCACCAUCAACAUGCGGCCAGCUUCCAUCACCCAUACUAUCAGCAGCAUACAUCGUCAACUCCCGCACAUACGACAACUCAUGCCACUCACGGCCACAGUUCACACAGCACUGCCCACAGCCAUAGCUACAGCCACUCAGUGCCCGUGCACGCUCUCAACCAGAACUCAAACUUCUCAGCAGCCAGCAGCAGCACUGGAGGAGGGACAGCAUCUAGUCACGCUCCCACUCAGCAGUCCAAUACGACUGGUUCCAGCCUAUCCCCGCCUGGAACUACAGCUAGCGCCCGCACUACGCCCGCCAGUGGAUCCAGCAGCUCAGGCGCAUCAGUUAACAGCAGUGGCGGAACCAAUGGUCGAGCCAGCGCCGUUAGCGGAGCAAAGAAAUUAAAAACAGAGCCUGUUUUGUCACAAUUUCAUCAAACAGAACGCCUGUCAUUCGCCAAUGCCCAGGUGAGUUGGACUGAGGAUCACUGGAGACGUGUUGUCUUCCAGGACGAGAGAAAAUUCAACUUGGACGGGCCUGAUGGCUUUUCCUAUUAUUUUCACGAUUUGCGCAACUAUGAACGGACGCUGUCCCAAAGACCCCGCGGCAACUCUGUGUACAUAUAUCUAGUGAUAACGGCUGGUGGCCCCAUUCAUUUAGAAGUCACGACUGCAAACCUAAAAACAGAAACGUGUGUGGAGACUAUUCUAAGGGAACGAGCUAAUAUUGUAGCCAAAUUAGGUGGUAACGCCGACUUUUUCCUCCAAGAUCACAAUUGGACAACAAACGCAUUAAGCCACUCUUGGACAGAGGGCAGUGCGCUUAUGGAUUAA